AUGUCUCGUUUAUCCAGUCUCGCCAAGGCCGGGUCUGCGAUAAGGUUCAAGGCGCGGAUAGCGCCACAAUCGGCGCACACGACGGCCAGUACGAAUUUUAUGGAAGUUUGCGUUACUCAUUAUCGGCAUAAAAAACGAUAAUCCGCGUUUGUGCAGGCGCCAGUGCGUCCGCGUGCUCCUGCCCGUCGCACCUAUGUGGUUAUAGUUUGAAACGAAUCGAUCUUUACGGAACAAUGGAUUGGCGAUGUCACCGUGCCUGGACGCGCAGAGACUGACUUACGUCCGUGCACCCUGGAUUGUGUGUCAGUGUCAGUGUAGUGUUUGGGCAUGGAGAUCUCUCCGCGGUUCAACUUCCCGCCGGAGAGCUACUCAGCUGUUUACACGGGCGACGACAGUGCGACUAGUGCGAAUCAGGCGGAAUCCAAUUCCAAAUCGGCUAUUUGUCACACUUGUGAGACGUCUCCGGUCGGAUCGCCGCUGGCCUCAAUUACCACUCCACCACCAUCACUUUUCAGUUGCUUCCAUUGUGCAUUUAGAAAUGGCAUCAGGGUUAUUCGGAAAGAGAAACAUACAGCAGCAAAAAAGGUCGCUGUGCCAACCAAAGAAGAAGAACGCUGGCGUGGCAAGGAUGAGGGUGCGCUUUUGUUCAAACGUUGGAGACGCACUCCGGCUUCUCCGGAGCCCACUCCCGCUUCUGCUGCUGCACCAUCAGCACCAGCGACCGCACAACCCUCGGAAUUACUCAAGUUCCUAGCUAUUAAUGCACUAGAAUUGUCAGCACCUGCUUCAGACGCUCUGUUGAAGUCCCGCUCGUCUGAAUGGUUUCAGUUGUCGGGUCAUCCCGGAUCUCUUGCUCCUGCAGGUCCGGGAACCGUGUGGAAGCGGCGUGCGGCUGGAGACCACCCCGCUCAUAACCCUGAGCGUGACGCUUAUGAAGCUCUCGCUGCAUGUCCUCAUAUGCGUUCCGCAAUACCACGUUACUACCGUGAACUCGAAUAUUCCGGGGAACGGUUCAUCGAACUCCAAGAUCUGCUGCAUGGGUUCCGUGAUCCUCAUGUUAUGGACAUUAAAAUGGGCACUCGCACCUUCCUCGAGGAUGAAGUCAGCAACGCUCGUGCACGCUCUGAUCUCUAUGAGAAGAUGGUCCGUUUGGACCCAAACGCUCCCACCGAAGCCGAACAUGCAUCACGCGCCGUCACUAAAUUGCGUUACAUGCAGUUCCGCGAACAACGCUCAUCGUCGGCUCAGCAAGGCUUCCGCAUCGAAGCCGUGAAGCUCCCUGGUCAACCGCCUCUUACUGAUCUCCAAAAAGUUCGUGAACCUCAACAGUUGGCAGCAACAGUGGCACGAUUCCUUGGACACGAUGAACGUGCACGUAAAGCCAUUGCCACACGACUUCGUGAAAUAAGAGAACUCUUCGAGCGGUCGGAAUACUUCAAAACUCAUGAAAUUGUUGGUAGCAGCAUUUUCAUCAUUUAUGAUGAUGAGCGAGUCGGAGCUUGGCUUAUUGACUUUGCUAAGACGAGACAUGUACCGGAAGGAACCCAGGUGGACCACCGUUCACCUUGGAAACAAGGAAACCACGAAGAAGGUUUCCUGUUUGGAUUAGAUAGGUUAAUAAAUACAAUAGAGACUGCUAAGUUACCACAGGGAGAUGAGGCUUCGAAAGAACCAGAUGUGUCACGCUGAAUUGUAGGCGAGAGGACCCUGGACUCGCCCCGCGGUCGUUGUCACCGUUCGCUUGGCCCCUGUGCCCUAGUACUGCUCCCUUGCGCUCCCAGGCCGACGCACGGAGAUGUACAAAAAAUUGCAUAACUAUUUGUGAUGUUUAUAUGGAAGAGAAAUGCGAUGGAUCGCUUUAUAUUUUGAUCUAGUCCUUAAAUAUUAA